GCCGCCGGACGGGACUCUAAGAUGAAGUUAUGGGAUGUCGUGGCUGUCUGCCUGGUGCUGCUCCACACCGCGUCCGCCUUCCCGCUGCCCGCCGGUAAGAGGCCUCCCGAGGCGCCCGCCGAAGACCGCUCCCUCGGCCGCCGCCGCGCUCCCUUCGCGCUGAGCAGUGACUCAAAUAUGCCAGAGGAUUAUCCUGAUCAGUUUGAUGAUGUCAUGGAUUUUAUUCAAGCCACCAUUAAAAGACUGAAAAGGUCACCAGAUAAACAAAUGGCAGUCCUUCCUAGAAGAGAGCGGAAUCGGCAGACAGCUGCUGCCAACCCGGAGAAUUCCAGAGGAAAAGGUCGAAGAGGCCAGAGAGGCAAAAAUCGGGGCUGCGUCUUAACUGCCAUCCAUUUAAACGUCACUGACUUGGGUUUGGGCUAUGAAACCAAGGAGGAACUGAUUUUUAGGUACUGCAGUGGCUCUUGUGAUGCAGCUGAGACAACAUACGACAAAAUAUUAAAAAACUUAUCCAAAAAUAGAAGGCUGGUGAGUGACAAAGUAGGGCAGGCGUGUUGUAGACCCCUCGCCUUUGAUGACGACCUGUCAUUUCUAGACGAUAACCUGGUUUACCACAUUCUCAGAAAGCAUUCCGCUAAACGGUGUGGAUGUAUCUGACUCCGGCUCCA